AUGGCUGACUUCGUGGCAGGAUUCCACCCUCAUCCACCCCCAUUACUUCAUCGAGGUCUUGCUAAAGCUCUCGGUGCGGGAAUGUGGUUCUUCAUUUUCUAUCGCGCCAGACAAGAUGGGGCUGCACUUAUUGGUUUGAGACAUCCUUGGGAUGGACAUGGACAUGAUGAGCAUUGA